AAAAAAAGACAAAGUAGUUUGUGUCUGGUCUCUUAACUAUAACUACACAAAACAACCAGCUUUCACUUGUUUUGUCAUAAGAAGAAGAUAUUAACCAAACAAUGUGUGAGUUUCAGAUACACACAUUGUUUCAUUCUCUUCUUUGAAAAAAAAUAUGAAUAAGUAAUUAUUCAUUCAUAUUUUGGUGGAGGAGUUUUUCCCUUCACUCUUAAUAGGUAGGAAAUAGAUAGAUAUUGAGUGGUUACUACUGGAUUCAUUCAUAAAAUGAAAUCAGGAUUCAAAAAUGGAUGGCCUUCGAUUGUGCGGUUUCGUCUCAAACACAAAUCAGUGACACCCUUUUGCAUAUUCUCUAAACUGAAAUCAGCUGGAAACAAACCUGGGAAUACUCCUGUUUAUCUCAAUGUCUAUGAUUUAACCACUGUUAAUGGCUAUAUGUAUUGGGCUGGUGUUGGUAUUUUCCACACCGGACUUGAAGUUUAUGGAGUGGAAUAUGCGUUUGGAGCUCAUGAUUAUCCAACAAGUGGUGUCUUUGAGGUUGAGCCUAGGCAGUGUCCUGGAUUUAAGUUUCGGAAGUCGAUUUUCGUGGGAACUACUAGCUUAGAUCCGUUCCAGAUUCGAGAGUUCAUGGAGAACAUGUCUGCAAAAUACAAUGGUGAUAGUUAUCACUUGAUUGUGAAAAACUGCAAUCAUUUCUGUGAAGAUAUCAGUUACAAGCUUACAGGGAAUUCUAUACCGAAAUGGGUCAAUCGUCUUGCCAGAAUAGGUUCCUUUUGCAAUUGCAUACUCCCGGAAGCACUUAAGACUUCUACUGUUAAGCAUGAUUCGAACUUUCAAGAGAGUGAUAGCGAAAAAAAGAGACUUCGAACGGCCUUCAGUUGCUUGUCAUCCAUCUCGAUGCCGCAAAUGGAAGUACCGAUGUGUUCGUUGUUUCUGCAUUCUCACUAUAAAGGCUGCUUACCGCCGUGGCAGCUGAAGAAAUCUAAAAAAGGCUCACUAAAGCAAAAAUGAAAAGAAGGAAUUAUUGUUUUCAGUCAAUUUUCUGUCAAUAGUUAUUUUGAUUCUCCAAGAUGUUUCUAUUCUUUUUUGUCAUAUUUGUUGUCUAGUUUUUUCCUUGUAAUCUUUGUCUGAUUCUGAAUUUCUGUAAGAUAUAUUGCUGUGGAUGUUUUUUUUC